CCCUUCCUGUUGUAGUGCCGAGAGAGCCACCGUACCGCCUCACACCGGAGCAGGAAUACAGGCACUCAUAACGCGAUUAUGUCUGGAUUUUCGCCGUGUGUGUCAAAAACACGGAGCUGUUUUUUCCACCGUGGCACCGUGUACAGGUUUAUAUAUUAGGGAAUGCUGUUAUGUUAUUCUACGGGUAGCUGGUAACAUAGCAGGCCUGUCUAUUGCGCUGCCAACCCUUGUUUCCUUUCCUGUGUCAAUGAUUGUCCUCCCCUCACUCUCAUGGCGGAGACUAAAAUAAUAUAUCACAUAGACGAGGAGGAGACUCCUUAUCUGGUCAAACUCUCCGUUUCUCCGGACAAAGUCACAUUAGCGGAUUUUAAAAAUGUCCUCAACAAUCGACCGGUCAAUAGCUACAAAUUCUUCUUCAAAUCGAUGGACCAGGAUUUUGGGGUUGUCAAAGAAGAGAUUUCCGAUGACAACGCCAAGCUGCCCUGCUUCAACGGGAGAGUAGUUUCCUGGCUGGUGCUGGCAGAGAGUACCCACUCUGAUGGAGGGUCUCAGUGCACAGAGAGCCAUCCAGAGCUGCCCCCUCCUCUGGAGAGGACAGGGGGCAUCGGAGACUCACGGCCCCCCUCCUUCCAUGCCAACGCGGUGAGCAGUCGAGACGGCCUGGACACCGAGACGGGAACGGAGUCUCUCCUGAGCCACCGCAGAGAGAGAGAGAGGGAGCGCGCUCGCAGGAGAGCGAGAGAAACUGAGCUCCCUCGAAUCAACGGUCACUCGAAAUCAGAGCGCACUGCGAGGGACUCGGCCAUGGGUUACGACAGCGCCUCAGUAAUGAGCAGCGAGCUGGAGUCCAGCUCAUUCGUGGAUAGUGAGGAAGACGAAGAUGCCAGCAGGCUCAGUAGCUCCACAGAACAGAGUUCUUCUUCACAGCUGAUGCGCCGACACAAGCGCCGCCGACGAAGACACAAAGUGGCCAAAAUAGAUCGGUCUUCGUCCUUCAGCAGUAUCACAGACUCCACUAUGAGCCUCAACAUCAUCACCGUCACGCUCAACAUGGAGAAAUACAACUUCUUAGGUAUCAGUAUUGUCGGUCAGAGUAAUGACCGGGGAGACGGCGGCAUCUACAUCGGCUCCAUCAUGAAAGGAGGCGCUGUGGCUGCUGACGGGAGAAUAGAGCCUGGAGACAUGCUGCUCCAGGUCAAUGACGUAAACUUCGAGAACAUGAGCAAUGACGACGCGGUGAGGAUCCUCCGAGAGAUUGUUUCCAAAACUGGUCCUAUUAGUCUUACUGUUGCCAAAUGUUGGGACCCGUCUCCACGAAGCUACUUCACCAUCCCUCGUGCGGAGCCUGUUAGACCCAUUGACCCAGCAGCCUGGAUCUCACACACCACGGCUCUGACAGGACCGUACCCUCACUAUGGUAAAAACAACCAACCACCACCUCCAUCACACUCUAUGAAGCAUCCGUUUUGUGAGUUCGAUGACUUGCCUUUAUCUGCAAGUAAAACAGACAUGGCAACCAUCGUCAAGGUGAUGCAGCUGCCUGACUCCGGGCUGGAGAUUCGAGACAGGAUGUGGUUGAAGAUCACCAUCGCCAAUGCCGUCAUUGGUGCCGACGUGGUGGACUGGCUUUACUCCAGAGUUGAAGGAUUUAAGGACAGGCGGGAUGCGAGGAAGUACGCGAGCAGUCUGCUGAAACAUGGCUACCUGAGACACACGGUCAACAAGAUCACCUUCUCCGAGCAAUGCUACUAUACCUUCGGCGACGUCUGCCAAAACAUGGCGUCACUCAAUUUAAACGAGGCAUCGAGCGGCGGAGGCUCUGAGCAGGACACUCUGGCACCGCUACCCCCCACAACCAACCCCUGGCCCCUGGGCGGGCAGCCAUUCCCCUACCCUCCCUUUCCCUCCGCACCCCCCAGCUUCCCACCAGGAUACUCGGACCCAUGCCACAGUUUCCAAAGUGGGAGCGCAGGCAGCCAGCCCAGCGAGGGAAGCCGAAGCAGUGGAUCCAACCCCAGCGCAGGCAAAAGUAGACGCUCCUCCCCACAGGAAAAGGGUCAACGGUCAACAUGCAGCGAGUCAGAGCCCCGCGUCCGUGGAGGGAGGCGCGGUGAUCGGUCCGCCAGCCAAACGAGCCAUCAGAGCCACGCCGUGUCCAGUCACAGCCACGCCGUGUCCAGUCACAGCCACGCCGUGUCCAGUCACAGCCACGCCGUCUCCAGUCACAGCCACGCCGUGUCCAGUCACAGCCACGCCGUAUCCACUCACAGCCACGCCGUAUCCAGUCACAGCCACGCCCGCUCCAGUCACAGCCACACUCAGUCACACAGGAGUCAGCCUCACUCUCAGAACAGCCACCCCUCCUUCACCUACAGCCACGCCCCCUUCACACUGCCAGGGCCCGGCUCGUGUGCCCACAGCGAGCGAAGCCACGCCUCCUCCUACGGCCCUCCAGGCUUGCCCCCCACGUAUUGUUUGACCCGUCUGGCCCCCAAAACCUCCGUCAGCAGCAGCACGCCCCCCGGAGCCCCUCCUGGAAGAGAGUUAGCAGCCGUUCCUCCUGAGCUUACCGCCAGCCGCCAGUCCUUCCAGCAUGCUAUGGGCAAUCCCUGUGAGUUCUUUGUUGACAUCAUGUGACAGGACAGUGCCUUGAAAGCUGCUCGAGCACAACAAACAAUUCUCCUUGAACCCCACUCUGCCCCUUCGCUCUUUUUCCUCUCAAUCCUUUGCCUCUCCAAGUUCAGAAUGUAGACACUGACCGGCCCUCUUCCUUCCCCCCCAAUAUCUGUCUAUCCGUCUGAUGUCCAAGUAAACAGGCAGCGAGAACACAACAGGGGAAGGCUUCUCACUCACACAAGCACGGGUCCUCUGUGGCUGAAAACCCUUUUGUAUGACGUGACGUGUACAGUUUGUGAAACGUGAGUGGUAUUCAGUGUGGUGAUUCUUUAACGCUGCCACGUAGACAUUCUGGGGAGUGUUUACUCUACCUGGAAUAUUUUCUGUCCUGCAAGACCUUUAAGCUGGCUGGGCCUGGAUCUCAAUCCCCCAGACCCAGGCCGACACCUACAGCCUGCCCGUAGGAACAUUUCUCGGGUACUAGAACUUGAGAUUGAUCCCCUGACUCAUAUCUGUGCGUACAGAUCAAAUUUCGCACGUUACACCAAACCUCUGGCCCCAUUUCCUUUGUACUGUGGCAUUACCACAAGCUUACUUAAAGGUGGGGUAGGUCAUUUUGGAGAAACCAGCUCGAGUGCGCUAGAAUUUGAAAAUACACAGCCGGAACA